AUGUGUAACAAAACCAUCAAUGAGGUAUGGAGUGAGAUUAACCAACAAAAAAAUGUAAUUGGGUCAGUGGAUCAUAACAAUUUGCAACAAUCAAUUUUGGGAGAAACAACUUUGGAUAAUUUUCUUGCACAUGCUAAGGCUAUUAAUGUUGGAAAUCAAGAAAAUGGUCAUGUUAUUGGUGAUGAAACUCAAGUGCCAUUUAUUGGAGUUGAACCAAAUUUGGUCAUGGCUUCACAGCCAGAAGAUUGGUUACCAUUACAAAUGCAAAUGCCAAUUCCAUUGCAAAUGCAAAUGCCUUCUAUCCAUAUCCAUCAACAACAUCAAGAUCAUCAUCAUCGUCUUCAUCAAAAUCGUCUUCAUCAAAAUCAACCGAUAAUAGGAAUGUGUCCGGAUUUCGGUGUUGCUAAUUCGGUUUAUGAGAACAAACUUAUGGAAAUUGGUUAUUCAGAAAUACCAAUCGGGGCAACGACAACGCAUUUAUCAUCUACAUGUGCAGAUUCAAAGGGAGGUGCUGGUGGCAGUGGCGUUGGAAGGAAGCACAAGUAUUCAGAUGAGAUGAUGGAAAAGACUAUUGAGAGGAGGCAGAAGAGAAUGGCGAAGAACCGCGAAUCUGCUGCGAAAUCAAGGGCAAAGAAACAGGUAAUUAAGAUUUGUCAUUUUGGUCAGGCAUAA